AUGGAUUCCCAGGAGAUCAAAGAGCUGCAGCAAGAAGUGAUGGAGGAGCUGGGAAUCUCCAUGGAGGAGCUCCAGGAUAUCAUCGACAAAGAGCUGGAGAAGUUUGAGUGCGUGAAGCAGAGGAAGCAGCAACUGGAGGAGCUGGAGAAGUGCGUGAAACAGAAGGAAGAAGAGGUGGCUCGCGUUGACCGGCUCUUUGAUGACGCUUCGAGAGCCAUUGAUAAAUGCGAGAUAUUGGUGAAGGAUCUCUACUCCAAGCUGGGCCUCCAGUACCGUGAGAGCAGUUCUGAGGACGAGGACUUGGCUGCCAAGGCCAUGGAAGUGAUUGAGAUCCCAGACGAGGAUGACGACGAUGUCAUGAGUAUCGAUUCGGGCUGGAAGCACAGUUCACUGCGGGAAGCCAUGGCUGCAAUGAGAAAGUCCGCCCAGGAUGUUCAGAAAUUUAUGGAUGCCGUGAACAAGAAAACAAAUGCCCAGGAUGCACAAAAAGGUCAGCCGACUGGGAGUGAUCUCAGCAAUGACGGCGAUUUGAACGUUGGCAUGAGGAUCCUGGGCAAGAAGAGAACCAAAACGUGGCACAAAGGAACUCUAAUUGCAAUCCAGACGGUCGGUGCUGGAAAGAAGUACAAAGUGAAAUUUGAUAAUAAAGGGAAGAGUUUGCUUUCUGGCAAUCACAUCGCUUAUGACUAUCACCCUUCACCUGAGAAACACUACGUUGGCAGCAGGGUUGUGGCAAAAUACAAAGAUGGGAAUCAGGUUUGGCUGUAUGCUGGCAUUGUGGCUGAAACCCCAAACGUAAAGAAUAAAGACAGGUUCCUGAUCUUCUUUGAUGAUGGCUACGCUUCAUACGUCAAGGAGUGGGAGCUGUACCCAAUCUGCAGGCCACUGAAAAAGACCUGGGAAGACAUAGAGGAUGUUUCCUGUCGCGAUUUCAUUGAGGAGUACAUCACGGCCUACCCCAACCGUCCCAUGGUGCUGCUGAAGAAUGGCCAACUGAUCAAAACGGAGUGGGAAGGCACCUGGUGGAAAUCCAGAGUGGAAGAAGUGGAUGGCAGUCUGGUCAAAAUCCUUUUCCUGGAUGACAAACGUUGUGAGUGGAUUUACCGGGGUUCCACACGCCUUGAGCCCAUGUUCAGCAUGAAGACUUCCACAGCCUCCACCCAAGAAAAGAAGCAAAGUGGACAAGCAAGGACUCGUCCCAAUGUCGGUGCUGUCAGGAGCAAAGGGCCUGUAGUACAAUAUACACAAGAUUUAACGGGAGCUGGUACCCAGUACAAACCUUUAGAGCAAAUGCAGGCAGCCUCGCUGGCUGCACGGCCCAUUUCUCCGCAGCCUCCCCUUCUUCCUUCGUGCAGAUGCUCCGACAGUCAGCUGGCCCAGUCGAGAAAGCAAGUGGCCAAGAAAAGCACUUCCUUCCGUCCUGGCUCCGUGGGCUCUGGGCAGUCGUCACCUUCUUCGCCUGUCCUAAGUGAUACACCUCCGGCGGGAAGGACCGGUGCGUCCCAGCAGCAUCGCGGCCAGGCAGGCAGCGGCACAGCACAGGCCUUCCAUGGCAUGAUGGACCGCGUGCCCAACGAGCCCUCUUACCGAGCCCCGCUGGAGAAACUCUUCUACCUGCCGCACGUCUGCAGCUACACCUGCCUGUCCCGCGUCCGUCCCAUCCGCAGCGAUCAGUACCGCAGCAAGAACCCCCUGCUCAUCCCGCUGCUCUACGACUUCCGACGGAUGACGGCCCGCCGACGGGUUAACCGCAAGAUGGGCUUCCACGUCCUCUACAAGACGCCAUGUGGGCUGUGCCUGCGAACCAUGCAGGAGAUCGAACGCUACCUUUUUGAGACAGACUGCGACUUCCUUUUCCUGGAGAUGUUCUGCCUGGACCCGUACGUGCUGGUAGAUCGCAAGUUCCAGCCCUACAAACCCUACUACUACAUCGCAGACAUUACCAAGGGCAGGGAGGACGUGCCGCUGUCCUGUGUCAACGAGAUCGAUAACACCCCACCUCCGCAGGUGGCCUACAGCAAAGAACGCAUCCCCGGCAAAGGGGUUUAUAUCAACACCAGCUGGGAGUUCCUCGUGGGCUGUGACUGCAAAGACGGCUGCAGGGACAAAUCGAAAUGUGCCUGUCACCAGCUGACAGUCCAAGCGACUGGCUGCACCCCGGGUGGGCAGAUCAACCCCAAUUCAGGAUACCAGCACAAAAGGCUGGAAGAAUGCCUCCCGACAGGAGUUUACGAGUGUAACAAGAGGUGCAAGUGCAACAUUAACAUGUGCACCAAUCGCUUGGUCCAACAUGGGCUCCAAGUCCGACUGCAGUUAUUCAAGACGCAGAACAAAGGCUGGGGCAUUCGCUGCCUUGAUGAUAUUGCUAAAGGCUCUUUUGUCUGCAUCUACGCAGGGAAAAUCCUCACAGAUGACUUUGCUGACAAAGAGGGGUUAGAGAUGGGUGACGAAUAUUUUGCAAACCUGGAUCACAUUGAGAGCGUGGAGAACUUCAAGGAGGGCUACGAGAGCGACGCAAAAUGCUCUUCUGACAGCAGCGGGGUGGACCUCAAGGACGAAGAGGAGGAGAACACAGGCACUGAGGAGCAGGAGGAGUCCAAUGAGGACAGCUCUGACGACAACUUCUGCAAGGACGAGGACUUCAGCACCAGCUCGGUAUGGCGCAGCUAUGCCACACGACGGCAGACCCGGGGCCAGAAGGAGAACGGGCUAUCGGAGACGGCCUCCAAGGACUCAGGGCUCACCCGGCAAAUCAGCCACGAUGAGACGGCGGUGGCUGCCUCCUGUAAGCUGCCGGUGUCGGAGGAGACCUCCAAGAACAAAGUGGCCUCGUGGCUGAGCUCCAACAGCAUGUCUGACGGCUUCCAGGACAAUGACAGUGCCUCCUCCUUCAAGAUGAGCGAAGGCGGCGAAGCCAAGGAACCUGAAGAUCCAACCAAAAUUCCCGGGCUAAGCGACUUGGGAAGGAUGUACGGCUACAACCCGAGCCCUCCCAAACUGGAAGGGAUCCGGAGGCCGACGAGCAAGACCGCCCUGCUGCAGAGCAGACGGCAUUCUCUCGCCCCGCAGCCCACCACAGAUGACGUGCUGACCCUGUCGAGCAGCACGGACAGCGAGGGGGAGAACGGGCAGGCGGUGGCGGGGCAGGCCCAGGGCACCACCAACGACAGCGACGACAUCCAGACCAUUUCCUCAGGCUCCGAGGAGGAGGAAGGGGACGACAAGAAAAACCCCUCAUCCGGGUCAGGUCCUGUUAAGAGGCAGGUGGCGGUGAAAUCCACCCGAGGCUUUGCCCUGAAAUCAACUCACGGGAUCGCCAUCAAGUCAACCAACAUGGCAGCAGCCGACAAGGGUGAGAGCGCGCCCGUCCGCAGAACCACCCGCCAGUUCUACGACGGAGAGGAGUCCUGUUAUAUCAUCGAUGCCAAGCUGGAAGGGAACCUUGGCCGGUACCUCAAUCAUAGCUGCAGUCCUAACCUCUUCGUGCAGAAUGUUUUUGUGGACACGCACGACCUCCGCUUCCCCUGGGUCGCCUUCUUCGCCAGCAAGCGGAUACGAGCCGGCACAGAGCUGACGUGGGAUUACAACUACGAAGUGGGCAGCGUGGAAGGCAAAGAGCUGCUGUGCUGCUGCGGGGCUAUCGAGUGCCGAGGGCGGCUGCUGUGA